GCCUCACAUGGCAGCCUGCUGGAGUUUUAAAGGUUCUCUGGGAGGUAGCUCAUUUCUCUGAGGUACCAGAGAAGCUGCACCGCUGUUAUAAAUCACUUUAAAUCACUACCGUGUUUAUUUUCGCCGUCAAAGCGUCAGCUGGACAGGAGGUUAAAGAUUAGCGCCUGAGCUAGCAGGGGUCAGCAUGGCUAGACGGUGGUCUGAGGGCCACUCCACGUCCAUUCUGUGUGUGGGGGUGUCUGCAGGCCCUGAAGCUCUCAUCGCUUCAGGCUCUGAGGGUGGCGAGAUCACAGUGUGGAGCCAGGAGGGUACCAUCGUAGGCCGCCUCACUCUCUCUGGUGAGGAGGACAGCACAAGUGUUGUGUUCUCACCUGCAGCUCCAAGCCAGCUGUAUGUGUCACGGGAUGCAGUCAGUGUCCUUGACCCCAGGAACCUGAAGGGCCCCAUAGAGGAGUUUCAGGCUGCAGGGGAGGAGGAGAUCAAUGCUUUAGCGUUGAAUGAGACAGGUUCAGCCCUGGCAGUGGCCGAUGACUCCGGGGCUGUGCGGGUACUGGAGCUUCCUGGGGGGAAAGCAUGCAGGACUCUGCGCAGACACACCAACAUCUGCUCCUCUAUUGCUUUCCGGCCUCACAGGCCCAAUAACCUGGUAUCUGUCGGACUGGACAUGCAGGUGAGUGCUUGGGGUCUACAGAAGACCCGCCCUCUAUGGACCCUCAAUCUUCAGGAUGUGGCAGAGGAGGAAGGGGACCAUCAGCAGCGCCCUGGUCAGCUCUUCAACCCACCACUGGCCCACUGCGUUUCUGUGUCGAGCUGUGGAACCAUUUUGGGGUGCGCAGCAGAGGACGGCCGGGUACACCUGAUGAGGAUCGGCAGCGGCUCGAAACUGGAGCAGCACGGAGCAUUCAAAGCCACAGCCAGGGAGGCCUCACAAGCCCACUUUGUUAACUUCCUUCCCCACCCAUACUGGCUCAUCACUGGUGGAAAUGACAGCCAGGUUGCCUUAUGGGACCUCAGUAAGCACCAAGUGGUGGCUCCAGAGGGGAGAAAUCAAAAGACAGUGCCCCAACGAAGGAAGGGCAAGAGCAAGACAAAGAAAAAGGAACAGUCCCAGAAUAAAACAAAGACUGAGAUGCAGAAAGACGAGGCUGAGGGGGGCGAUGAAGCAGCAGCAGCAGGAGGAGGAAGUGCAGAGGAGGUGACGGAGGAUAUUGGGCCCAAACUAAGCAUCAGCCACGGGGACAAGGUGAACUGGCUGUGCCCUGCUGUGCUGAAAGGAGAACCAAGUGUGAUAGUUGCAGAUCAGAGUUCCAGUCUGACUGUCUACUCUCUGUCUUAACUGGACACGCAACAGCUUUACAGCUUAUGCUUCUCACAGUGGUACACUUUGUGAACUUGCCUAAUUUUUUGAUUUGCUUUCUUAAAGUGUGAAUUGUGUGACUGGUUUUAAUUGUACAGCAGCAAACAUCAGAAAAAUGUGCAUGAGAGUUCCCAGUAUAAUAACUGGGUCCUUAAUUAUUUUGGAGUCUCAUUUACUACAGACUUCAGUUAUUUGAGGUUUUGUGUG